AUGCGCCUGGCCCGCGCGCUACGGGGCGUGCGGGUGAUGCGACUCCUGCGCUUCAUCGGGGCACUGCGCUCCAUCGUUUUCGCCAUCCUCAGCACGCUGUGGUCUUUAUUGUGGACCCUCGUGCUGCUGGUUCUUCUAUUCUACUGCUUUGGCGUGAUUUUGGCCCAGCUCGUGUCUGACCACUGCCGAUUCGAAGCCGCUUGUCCAAAGGUGAUUCACAUUUGCUUGCUUGCUUGCUUGCUUGAGAGCAUGAUGACCCUCUUUCUGUCCAUCUCCGGUGGCCUGAGCUGGGUAGAGGCUCUGGAUCCCCUCAGAGACGUGUCGGAGCUGGCUGCGGGGUGUCUCAUUGUAUACAUCUUUAUCUCCACCUUCGCGAUCCUAAAUGUCGUGACCGGGGUUUUCUGCAACAACGCCAUAGAUUCCGCCAAGGCCGACAAGGACAUUGCCAUCAUGAAGCAGAUAGAGCGUCACAAGGGCCAGUUGCGGGCGCUGAAGGGCGUUUUUCAGGAGAUUGAUGAAGACUGCAGCCGGACAGUCAACAUCAACGAGCUUAAGGACAGCGGAGAAGUGCUAAGCUUUGGAUACUUAAGGAUAUUAGACACGGACGCCAGCGGGGAGAUCUCGUUCGAUGAGUUUGUGAACGGGUGCAUGCAACUGCAGGGCCCGGCACAAAGCGUGCAAAUCGCACGCAUGCGCCUCGAACACAAGGCUCCUUGGCGGCACAAGCGGAGAAUAGUGUGGGGAUCUGCUGUGCUGGCUGCCACAGAGCUCGUGCUUCUCUUGCGACCUUUCAAGCUACUCUUGCAACAAAAAUUGCUGCCAACCUUGUUGAUGCAAGCCCGACAACUUUUCAACCAGCGUAGGCACUACCACCACCGCCCCCAUGUACUACUACCACCUACUACUAACAACAACAACAACCAGCAAGCAACAAGCAACAAGCAACAAGCAACAAGCAGCAAGCAGCAAGCAGCAGCAGCAGCAGCAACAGCAGCAACAACAACAACAAUCAAUAAUCAACCAUCAACAAUCAAUCAUCAACAAUCAACAAACAACAAACAACAAUCAGCAAUCAACAACCAACAAUCAACAGCCAACAAUCAACAAACAACAAUCAACAGCCAACAACCAAAAAUCAACAAUCAACAACCAACAACCAACAACCAACAACAACAAUCAACAAUCAACAAUCAAAAGCCGACAAUCAACAACCAACGUUCAACAAUCAACAAUCAACAACCAACAAUCAAGAACCAACAACAACAACAACAACAACAACAACAACAACAACAACAACAACAACAACAACAACAACAGCAGCAACAGCAGCAACAGCAACAACAGCAACAACAACAACAACAAUAA